GUAUUAUGUGAAAGUGUAUUGUUAUAGGACUUUUGCAGUGUCCCAAUGUAAUAUCAGCUUGAAGAAGCAGAGGAGUCGAAGUAUCUUUAGCACCUUAUUCUGCUGCUUUCGUGACUACAAUGUCGAACCACCAUCUACCAAUAGCACCAGUGCUCUGCCUCCUUUGGUGGAGGAGAAUGGAGGACUUCAGAAGGGUGACCAGAUGCAGGUCAUGCCUAUACCAAGUGGAAUAUACUAUUUCCACGGGACUGAAGCAGUGCAGCAGUCGUUUCACUACAAGCCACCAGCUAAAUACCUCCUGCCGGAACUGACAGCAUCGGACUAUGGGAAGAAGUGUGUGGUCAUUGAUUUAGAUGAAACUUUAGUGCACAGUUCAUUUAAGCCAAUUAGCAAUGCUGAUUUCAUCGUUCCUGUUGAAAUUGAUGGAACCAUACAUCAGGUUUAUGUAUUGAAACGACCACAUGUGGAUGAGUUUCUUCAGAGGAUGGGAGAGCUCUUUGAAUGUGUACUCUUCACAGCCAGUCUAGCCAAGUAUGCAGACCCAGUAGCUGACUUACUGGAUCGCUGGGGUGUGUUCAGGGCAAGGCUCUUUAGAGAAUCCUGUGUUUUUCACCGAGGAAAUUAUGUGAAGGAUCUGAGUCGACUGGGACGUGAGCUGAGUAAAGUUAUUAUAGUAGAUAAUUCUCCUGCAUCUUACAUCUUCCAUCCUGAAAAUGCAGUGCCUGUGCAGUCCUGGUUUGAUGACAUGACAGACACAGAGCUGCUAGAUCUUAUUCCUUUCUUUGAAGGACUAAGCAAAGAGGAAGAAGUUUACAGUAUGCUUCAUAAACUCUGCAACAGGUAGCCCUUAACUUGAACUGACUUCUGCUACUAGCAGAUAGAGGCUGUCUCCAUCUCUUUCAGCUCUUUCAAAUGUAAGCUUUGGGGAGGUCACCCCUGUCAGAAGUGCUACUCUUGAUCUUCCUGUUACAUUGGACACGAAGGACAAUCAUGAGUGAUGCUGUUAAGCCUUCAGAAGCCUGACUCCUAAGGUCAUGUGUUCAGACUACUUUUUUAAAG